AUGGCGACCUCGGCCUUCAAAUCGGCGUCCAAGAGAGGGAGCUACGCGUCCUCUUCUCGUACCAUUUCUACCUCAAAGGAUCGGCCCACGGAGGAUUCCCAGAAGAAGAUCCCCAAUCGGAGGUCGAGGAGCGUGAGCGCCACACCGAGAAGUUAUGCCAAGCAACCGCCGGCUUCGUCCGUGUUGUCGGAGUUCUCGAAUACGAGGAAUAAUCCCCUAUUCGGUUGCUCGAGUUCCUCGUCGCCGGAUUCUGAAGGUAGGGUUCGUGCUUCGAAAGGGGGUAGUGAUCUUUCUGGAAGCAGAAGAGGGCGGUCAGUUUCGAGAAGCUCAGAUCUUGGGGCCCAGGGCUUGGGCGGUCGGAGUGAAUCCAGUCGGAGUUUAUCGAGGAUUGGUACCGGGAGGCGGCUCCGGUCGCUUUCGAGGGGGCACCAUGGGAACUCUGAGAGUGAAGUAGAACAUGGACAUGGGUCAUCUUCAAGUUCGAGAAACAAAGAGACAAGUAGCUUUUCAUCCAAUGGUCUUGAGAAGAAGACCGACAUGGCUUUGAAUGACUUUGAACUGCCGGAACAAGUGAGGAAUUUGCAAACAUGGACAAGUAGGCACCCAAUUUCUGAGACAUGGGAUACAUCUAGUACAUGCAUGCUAGUACGGCAUUGGGAGGAUGGGAUUUCUACAAGUUCUUUCUCUGAAACAGAGGAGGCAACUAUCAGCGCAUUCUGCGAACAGAUGAAGAUUGACCAUUCCUCUGCUGAUACUGGAACUGAUGGAAUAUAUGAAACUGUUCGGUCAGAAGUAAGAAGAGCAGUUUCUGAGAUUAGAAAUGACCUUGAGAAUGCUAUCCGGAUAAAGAACCCUGCAAUCAUUACAACAGACAAUAUUGCAGAUAUCCGUCCUGAGUUGGUGAACACUGAUGCAAUUGAGCUAGUUUCUGACAUCAGAAGGGAAUAUGCCUGGAAGUUUGAGCAGUCCCAAGAACGUGCAAGAAAACUGCGGGCAGAUUUGGCCGUUGAAGAGCACCGUGGGCAAGAACUCAGUAGAAUUCUAAAGGAGAUAGUGCCAGAUCCUAAAAGCUCUGAGGCACGUAGAUCAAGACCAAGAAGAAAGGCAAGCAUAGAACGUCUUAGGAUGUCGAGGCGUUUGGCAGAAGAAGCAAUGAAUUAUUUUGAUGAAUGUGUCUCAAUAUCAACCUUUGAUAGUUCUGAUUUCUCGUCACUAGAAGAUCCACAACCAAGCUCAGUUAUCCCAAUGGGAAGCAGUAGAUUUUCCUGCAAUGAUGGAUUGGCUUUUUCAGUGUCCCACUUCCCCGAUAAUCAACCUAACUGUCACGAGGAGUCAGAUAACCAAACUCGAUGUUCACCAAGCAUCAUGGGAUCUGAUCUUGCAAUUAGCAGUUGCAGUGGUAUUAAGGCUGAUAGCCUGUUUCAUGAGAAUAAUAAUCAAGGUGAUCUAGUGGACUUUGAUACACUACAGGGUGGAAACGCACAGUGUUCCUUUGCACAUGAACCAACAGAAACUGGUGGGAUUCAUGACAUUAGAUGUUACAUAAAGAAAUUCAAAAAAGACCCGAAGGAAAGUCAAGAGCAUGUGAAAGUAAAAUCAAGUUACAAUGCUGAUGACAAUGAUUUGAUUUCAUCAGAGGAAAGCUUUCUCUUUGAUAAGGUGAUUCUUAAAAACAGAAUAGAAUCUGGAUGUCUGCUUGUUUGCAACAUAAGAGUUUUUUGAUAUGUUUAUGCAAUCAGCAUACACAUCAAGCUAUAUUACAAAGUCAUAGUUGUAAAGUUUAUAUGAAGCCAUCCAGUUGUGAUUCUUUUGGUAAAGUUUUGUAUAAUAAGAAUAUAGUUAAUUUAUCCAUGAUUAGAUUCCUAUGCAUGACCUA